AAAAUGAGCAUGAACGUGGAUCACAACCAUCACAACGUCAUCGUAAAUGAUCGAAAGAGUAAACAGAGUUACGAUUUCGAGCAGCCGUAUGAGUAUGAGGAUGGAAGGAAAUAUUACGUUUUAAUUUAGCUGCAUACUGACCAUACUGACAUGGAUGCAAGAAUUGGGACAUCUCCGUUGGGCCCUCGGUUUUCCAAUUCUCCACUGCCGACGCCGACACCAAAUCACUUGGAAAAGCGUACUGCGAAAGACAAGGGGUCAAAGUUCUUACGAAGACUCGUUCAUGUUCGGCACAUGGAUUUCCAGUUUGCCCUCUGGCAAAUGUUGUAUUUAUUCAUUUCCCCGCAGAAAGUGUACAGGAAUUUCCAGUACCGCAAGCAAACGAAAGACCAAUUUGCAAGGGACGAUCCGGCAUUCCUGGUCCUUCUCGGACUUUGGCUAGUCGCAUCAGCAGUGGGAUUUGUAAUUGUGCUACACAUCCAUUUCCUGGGAUUCCUCAAAUUCCUGUUGUGGGUAAUCUUCAUUGACUGUAUUGGGGUCGGGAUCUUCGUUGCAACAUUACUGUGGUUGAUCAGCAACAAAUACCUGCGGAAGCCCACAUGCCGCACGGAAGACGUAGAAUGGGGCUACGCAUUUGAUGUGCACCUCAAUGCGUUCUUCCCACUGCUCGUUAUCUUGCACGUGUUCCAGCUUUUCUUCUACCAUGUGUUGACAAGCCACUCAUGGUUUAUCUCUCGACUAUUUGGUAAUACACUUUGGCUCAUUGCAAUCAGUUACUAUAUCUACAUCACAUUCCUUGGAUAUAGUGCACUUCCCAUCCUGAAGAACAGUCAAAUAUUCCUGUACCCUUUGGUGCUGUUGGCCAUUGUGUACGUAGCCACUGUCGUAGGAGGGAUCAACCUCUGCGGACUCCUGAUGGACUUCUACAAGUACAGGGUCAUGUGAAGUAAUCGAUGGGAACCGUCAGCUUCAUUGUUGUGUAACUGUGCACUCAAGGGUGCUUCCAGGUGAAGCAGGAUACGUCACGGUGCAAGUGAUGAACGGUGGUGUCUGUUUGGACUUCUCGAGAAAAUGUUGCCAAAAACAGAGAAUUUUUGAAGCACUAAAGCCAUGUUGGACUAUUACCUUCAAGUACCUAGUGGCACGCAACAACCGUGAUAAAUGUUUGUGCUUCUUCUGUGUGGUGAAUAAUUUGGUACGUAAUUGUAUUUGGAGGUACCAAGUGGUGUAAUAUUGGAGGUGUACUAGUUUAGUAGACAGCGUAUUGUAAAUGAUUCAAAACUAUGGGAUGAGACAAGAUAACUGAGACAGGUCAACUCCACCUACAAAUCAAAAGACAUCUGUGAUUGGCUCAAACAUGUGAAAUAUUAGCAUUAACGAAACACAUAGAACAUCUGUAUUAACAAAACACGUCAAUCAGCUUCCCCGUAUUUGAAAACAAGAGUCCAUCAUGUCGACCAGCAUUACCGAAGCGAUCUGCCCAGAUACAUCACCCAAAUGUCACGUGAAGCUCACAAAGCCAGGAAAAUGGUGGAAAACAGUUGGCGCUGAAUAUACUGCAUAGCGGCAGCCACACUCAGAGAAAAUGCAUCAUGAACAGCGAAUGCUCUUAAGACGUAAAUGAAUGCCAAGCGAUGCGACUCCCCUUCCGGCAUGAGUUAUAAGUCGCAAAAAUGGGAUAACUUGCACAAGUAUCAAUACAGACAUAUAUGGCAUGUUUAACACGCAGAAUAAUAGCAACAAACCGAAACAGCUUGUCAGUCCCCAACUAGCAUCAUCCUGUAUGCACCACCCUCACUGUACAGACUACAUGUCUGCUGGUGGCAGUAUGCCUCUGUGACUAACUCUUAUGUUAUCUCAGACUGUGGUAUAUAGGCCGGUACAGUAGGCAGGUACAGGCACAUACUGUGGUAGAACAGGGCACAAAACACCAACUGCAUGAUUGUUGUAGUAGCUCAGGCAAUGAGAGAUAGAAGGACGAACGGCACUGGAGUGCCACAAUGCCCAGUUGCAUAUUUCGAUUAAAGAAUGGCAUACCUUUGGA